AUGAAGCUUCUUCCUCUUUUAGGAAUAAGCUCUUCCUAUGCUUUUUCAAAAACUGAAGGUCAUUAUCAACUCGAUGAUGGUAAUGGCGUAGGUAUCGACGGUUGCUUAGUUUGUGAGUAUAUCAAUGUCGCCGCAAAUGAAGAUGCUGCCCGAGAUGCGCUGGCUGAUGCUUCGAGUACUAUUCCUUGUAUCAACGCAAACACCGCUUCUCCUGUUGCCAAUCUCGAUGGCUAUCCCGGAUACUCACAUGAGGUUGAGAAGUAUUGUGUCGCAACUUUCUUCAUGUUUGAAGCAAAAGACAUGAACAACAAGGUUUUCUAUGGUGUUCGUCGAACGGUCGCCGAGUCAGAGAUCGCCAAUGGAAACCGAGUUGAUCUCGAGCACUACGACGGUGUCAAGGGGUACCAGCUGACAGGAUCUGACAAGGGUCAGAAUGUUUUGUUCACCGCCCGAACUGACGAAAACGGAGCCCAAUUCUUUGCAAUGGACGGUCGAGAUGACUUUGUUGACGACGAAGCUACUGAUCCUACUGUCAGUACUUCUAGCAUUCAAGUCCAGACUGAAACUCGUUGUCUUGUCUGCCAUGGUUCUCAAGAAUUUUCAAACUAUCCUGGACAGGCUUCUGAGGUAACGAUGCCAUGCUGGAAUCCAUCCGGCUCGAACACUUUCGCAACUGACUCAAGUGCAAGUCUUAAUCCUGAAAAAUACUGUAUUCCAAGUGAAACCGGUCUUUGCUACACAAAGACUUUCCAAUACGGAACGAAGGAUACCAGAGGAGUAACAACCUCAAAUUGGAUAGUUAUCGAGCGAGGCUGCGUUGGCGCUGAUGAUCUCGCAACGCCAAAUACAGACAGCGGUGAAGCUCUAACCGGUAACACAAGAUCAAUUAGCAACGCAAUGAUGAAUGUUCGAUUCUACGCUGCCACAAAUUCUGCGUCUAAAGCAAAAGAUAAUGCAAAGUAUCCGGACAAUGAUGUUUCUACUCAAACUUUUUUCCAGCUAACAAGUGGAAGCGCCACUUCGUCAACUCAAUACGAUAUCCGACCACUUACGGUCCAGUUUAGCUCUCCCGAUGGAUCUGGCAAGCCCGAUGCUCCUUCUUAUUCAAACAGCAUCUUUGAUGAGCUUGAAUGUCUCCAAUGCGUCACUCCAAUUGGUAACACUGAUAAUACCAACGACUGCGUAAAUGCGAAAACCACUGGCCGCGUCCGAUGCAAAACCUUGAGCUGUUCAUCUGUCAGUGCUGCGUACAAGCUUGGCGAAGACGCCUCAGAAAACUUUUACUUUGCCAAAAGAGGAUGCACUCCUGAUCCCGAUGAUGGCGUUACCGAUGGCGAGCAACGUAUUGCCGAUCCUUAUGUUGUUCCACAGGGAUGGACUGACAUCAAGCAGCAAAAUCAGCGAUCGACCACUGCUAAUGGUAACACUGGCCGAGCAUCCACCGUGUCCACCGCUCAAAUUUUCGAUUGCUUCUCUUGCGAGAGCAGCUUUUCCGAAACUAUUUCCGGUGUCAACGCCGGUGAGCCAACUUACGAUUCAGUCAAGGACAAAGACAACGCUCUCUGCUGGCAGACUUUCACACCAACUCAGGAUUCAUCCACUACCGCUACUGGAACUUCCGGCUCUUGCACCGGUAGAUGCUUUGUCUCUGCCUACAAGUACAAGCAAAGCGUUGUGAAUGGCAAGCUCCCCGCUACACAAUACAACUGGUACGUCAAGCGAGGGUGUGAUCAGGAUGGACUCAUGAUUGACAGCAGCACCGCUGCGGAGGAUAUCUAUGGCGUCGCAGUUACCAACCGAGUCUGUGACUACUCUAAUGGCACUCUCUGCAAUGGCAACGUCGCCGCCUACGAGACCACCCUUGAGAUUCAAACUCAAACAGCACGACUUCUGCAGUGCUUCAAGUGCGAAACCGAUCCCGGAAACACCAAUAAAGAAGACAAAUGCUACACCGUUUUGUCUACAGAAAAGGCCGAGAACUGCCCAGAUCUAUCUUACACCUCUUGUGUCACCACCCAAUCUUCCUACACUGUCAAUGGAGAAGCUGUCUACAACAUGAAGCGAGAUUGCCACAAGGGUGAGCGCGCUGGUGCAUCCGCUCUCGUGCCUGGCUUCAACAACGUCUACUCCAGCACUGAGUACUGCAGCUCUGGAUCAUGCAACAAAGCGGCUGGUGUUUCUUCUGAUGAUCUUACUGAGGCUGUCGCCGCAGCUCCCACCGGAGAGACUCCCACUGAUUCUGGAGCUUCAGUUGCGCAGAUUUUCUUUGCUCUCAAUGCUGUCCUCCUUGCUAUGGUGUUUUAA